UCCUGCCGCCCCAGAGACCUGAUCACCCGAGUUAGCGCCUUCUCUUGUGCACGAUCCAGUCACCCUCGCGCUGUAGCCUCGGGUGACAGAAACCCAGACACAAGCUCGCCAAAGCCAGCAAGGAUCCUGGCUUCUGCAAUUCCCUCUCCAUCCAAGCACCCAGGAGCCAUGGAGGUGGCUGAGGCUAACAGCCCCACCGAGGAGGAGGAAGAGGAGGAAGAGGAGGAGGAAGGGGAGGAGCCAAUCCCUGAGCCCAGGCCUCACACUCGCUCCAACCCCGAGGGGGCCGAGGACCGGGCCCUGGGAGCCCAGGCUAAUGUGGGCAGCCGCAGCGAGGGUGAGGGUGAGGCCGCCAGUGCAGACGAGGGGGCGGCCAGUGCCCCAGCAGCCGGGCCCAAGCCCUGGCAGGCACCAGCACCAGCACCUGAGGUCCAGAUUCGAACACCACGGGUCAACUGUCCAGAGAAGGUGAUCAUCUGUUUGGACCUUUCAGAGGAGAUGUCUGUGCCAAAACUGGAAUCUUUUAAUGGCUCCAGGAUGAAUGCCCUGAAUGUGUCUCAGAAGAUGGUUGAGAUGUUUGUGCGCACAAAGCACAAGAUUGACAAGAGCCAUGAGUUUGCACUGGUUGUAGUGAAUGACGACUCCGCUUGGCUGUCUGGCCUGACCUCUGACCCACGUGAGCUCUGCAGCUGCCUGUACGACCUGGAGACAGCAUCCUGUUCCACAUUUAAUCUGGAAGGCCUCUUCAGCCUCAUCCAGCAGAAGACUGAGCUGCCAGUCACAGAGAACGUGCAAACCAUCCCUCCCCCCUACGUCGUGCGCACCAUCCUUGUCUACAGCCGCCCACCCUGCCAGCCCCAGUUCUCCCUGACUGAGCCCAUUAAGAAGAUGUUCCAGUGCCCCUACUUCUUCUUCGACAUCAUUUACAUCCACAGUGGCACCGAGGAGAAGGAAGAGGAGAUGAGGUGGAAGGACAUGUUCUCCUUCAUAGGCAGCCUGGACACCAAGGGCACCAGCUAUAAGUAUGAGGUAGCACUGACUGGGCCUGCCCUCGAGCUGCACAACUGCAUGGCCAAACUGCUGGCCCAUCCGUUGCAGAGGCCCUGCCAGACCCAUGCGAGCUACAGCCUGCUGGAGGACGAGGAGGCUGGUGAGGGUGAAGCCACUGUAUGACCUGUGACUUCUCUGUACCAUUCAGGGGCUCUGUGCACCCAUGCCUGCUCCUACCGUUUCUGCUGUAAAUUCAUUCUUCCUGGGACCAGUUUGUCACCAGAAUAAACAUCUGAGG